AUGGCCAACAUGUCGGCUUUGGCGCCGGAUAUUGUGCGCGACGGCUUCGCCUAUCAAGGCCAGCUGCUCGCCGACGUCGGCAAUUUCAACAGACACCCGCGCGCUUCUGAAGCCGAACUCACUGCCUUGCUCCGGCCCGACAAGUCAUCCAAGACCACCUCACAAAAAGAUCAAGUCGGCCAUUGGUACGUCGCCCAGCUCAAGCACUACGGUUUGCCCCAGACGAAAGACAAGAAUGCCGCCAAAAUUCGCCUCCUCGACGCCCUCAACACGGGAAAGCUCAAGGUGCCUGCCGACGUCAAGAAAUUGGAGACUGCUUUGAAAAAGGAGUACAACGCUGCCAUCCGCAAGGCAAGAGCGGAGGCGAAGGCCAAGACACCGGUAGCUGACGCCGCGCCUACCACCCCAGCAAAAAAGAGGAAGAGGGACGAAAAAGAUGACAGUGGACGAGAUGCAACCGCCGCUUCUGCGAGGAAGACCAAAGAGGCUGAACCUGCAAAGAAGAAAACCCAGGCGACACCCGUUGCACCUGCAAAGAAGAAAGCCCAGGCGACACCCGCUAAACCUGCAAAGACGAAAACCCAGGCGACGCCCGCUAAACCACGCACUGCAGCCACUCCGCAAAAGAAGAAAACCGCCGCCUCGGAUCCGAAGAAGCCUACCUCUGACAGCAAGAAAGGUGUCUACUUCCUGACUAUCCCCAAUAUUGCCAACGAAUGGCGUGCACUCGCGGCGACGCCAAAGUCAUUCAAGAUUUUACUUUGUCCUGAUGGUGACCGCUUGUGGGGCUCUUACACCUUUGGUCCUUUCUCCGGCGUCUUCCUGAUUGACGAAGGCCCUCGCGAUGAGACGUUCCGUUUCGUUUGGCGUGGCACAGACACCAGUGAUCCUACCAAAGUCAAGUUCGCCACGGGUCUUGGCGACAUGCAUUUCUUAGAUGCAAGGCAGAUUGCUGGAACAUUCUACAAUCUCUACGAUUACCGAACUUCCUUUGAAGGCAAGGUUGCAAGCGGUGCGCGUCACUGUCCUCGCGAUGCUUUGAGCUUUCAAAACGAGUGGGAUGAUUAUGCGACCACCAACAACUGGUUUGGACGACCCAGCAUUAAAGUCCCCCAGGGUGAAAGGCGUCCGAUCGGUCAAUUUGCCAAGAAUCCCGCCCUCUCCGCUCUCAAGCCUGAUGAGCCACGUUAUCUUCCUGUCGACACUCCUGAAGAUACACCGCCCAAGGGACAGCAGGAGCAGAAGAUCAAAGAAGAGCCAGAUUCACCGAGUGGUGAUUCACAACCUAUACCAGCUGACACCACUGCCAGAAGAACGUCCUACGUCCAGCCCACUGACGGCUUCUACAGCAACUCACUGUCGGUCACUCGCCCCGGACAUGAACCGGUAGAUAUUGGCCAGAUCACCGGCAUUUACGAUAUUCGAUGUCUCCAACUUGAGGAUGAUUUCCUCGAAACCCAGAACAACCUGAUGCUUCGUCUUAACCGCGAUCCCAGGUCUUCAAAAUGCUGGGCCAGCUUCGAUUGGGGCCCUUUCUCUGGAGUCAUUCAGAUGAACCCUGGUCCGGCCAGCUACUCGCCUCACCCAGUCACCCUCGGAUGGCGUGCGCGUGAUCUCCUGACUGAUCGUAUCAGAUUUGGCCGAGGCUGCAAUGGGAAGAUGGUGUUUCCCAAACCAGGCGCGAUCGAAGGUACAUUGUUCGGCCUAUACGGCGAAGCCAUAGAGUUUUGGGGUGAGAGAAGGACUGGCCCGAGAAACUGUGGGCGUGCGCCGAACUCGUUCCAGGAGGAUUGGGAUUCUUACCCAUCACAAGUCUAUGGACCCCCGAGCCAAAGUGGAAGUGAUGAUGGAGAGCUAUAUGACCAGAAUGGCAAUCUCAACCCACGUGGUCGAUUCUCCGAAUUACUGAAGAGGAACCAGAGCGGCUGA